AUGGCAAAUGCUGCACCAGGAGCGGCUGCAGGGCAGGCUGGCUUUUUUGCAGCCCCGCGGCAGGAGAUGCAGAACUGGAUGUCCUUUCCGAAUUUUCUGUUGGCUGAGCAUUGGACGCAGCUUCAGUCAAGUGAUCGUCAGCUGCAGAAGCUGGAUACGAUUGUGAAUCAUUUGAUUCGACUGGGACUUCGACAUCCAUCGGAGAGGACGCAGGCAACACUUGCUGCAUUGGUAAGCCAUGUGGGGCCAAAUGCUUGGGAUGCGUCUGAUGUGCCAGAUACUGCAAAGCAGACUGCUUUGUUGAGCACGGUGAAGGCAGUGCUGAAAGGUCAGUUGUUGCGUACGCGCAACAUCGCAUUGGCAUUGCCGGGGGGGUACAUCCGUGAUCUUCCAGCUUCAGUGCAGGAGUUGCCACUUGGCAUGCAGGCGCAGUUUUUUCCGGUGGGCGCAGUUGCACCGCCCAUGGACUUGAAUCCCAUCUGGCAGGUGGCGCAUGGUUGGGCUGUGCGCAGCACCCAUCGUGCGCGUGCCGGGGGGCAAGUGGCAGUGGCAGGUGCGGCCAGUUCUGCAGAUGCUGCUAGCAUUGCCGCCCAAGCAGCGGUAUCAACGGUGUUGGCUCUUGUUCCACAUGCACAACGUGGAUCCGUCGAUGCCAUUCCUGGUUUGCAAUUUUUUGGGGCGGCACGCCGAGAGAUGCCUGCCCAUGGCAACGGGGUCCGGUCAGAUUUUGGGACCGCCCUUGUUCGGGCUUCAGCUGAGACUGUGUCAUCGACAGCAGGGCCUGUUGCACCUUCAUUUUUGGAUCGGGUUUCUACGCCUGCGUUGGCCUUGGAAGACAGACGUCCAUCGGCAGAGGCAAUGGCCAGCAGCACCAGGGAAAAUGAGCGCUCCAACGAUGCCGCUGCAAAAGAGCACCCGCAUGUGCCAGCAUCCGUUGAUUUGGAGUUGAGCCUUGCUGCCUUGGCUGAGGCGCAUUAUGAGCGCCCAUUGCCAUCUGUGGAGGCUUUGCCGACUGGAGAAGCUAAGACCCGUGGCGAUAAGAUGCGCAAGCCGGCGGCUGCUGCAUUUGCACAGGGCAAGAAGAUGCGCAAACCGGCUGCUGCAGAGAAAACAACUGCUGCAUCUUGCACAUUGAAGCGGCCAGCAGCUGCUGUGAAACCGCAGGCUCGCGGCAGGGCUGUGGCUGCCAGGAAAAGACCUGCAGCUGCAGCUGUUACCAGCAGCAAGACGGUGACCAGGUCGCAAGCCAAGCGACUGCGUCCGGAGGGCUGCGGCAAGUGUCGCUAUCAGUGCGGCUGUACGCCAAGUUGUUGGCGAAAGGUGGGAAAGAUAGGAGACAAUAGCCGUGUGAUGUUGCACACAUUGCCGGCAUUGUGGAAAAGAUGCCGUGAGAAGGGAGCGGACGCCCCCGACGUUGGUAUCGUUGAUUCUCCAUUGCGCAAGAAGACGAAGCCAAAUGAACAAAUGCCGCGCUCCAAGGAGCAGCAGGUGUUGGCAGAUCGAGUGGCUGCUACACUGGAGAAGUUGCGGCAUGCGUCUGGAGACACGCUGCCGGCAGAGCGCAAGCGUAUUUUUGUGGAUCUUUUGGAGGCAGCAGCGCUUGAUGUGCUAGAUGCUUUGCAGACCGCGGAAGACUUGUAUAGCAUCCGUGAAGUCAUUGCGAAAGCUGAGGAAGCCUUGGUUAUUGGCACAGCUGUGCCAAGAGGCCCGGACGAAGAUGGCCGUGCGGAAAGCCGCAGCGACGAAGGUGAGAGGCCUGCUGCAGAGGCCGCACCAGCAGCACCGGAAAGGGAUACAGCUGCACCAACAGAGCCCGCGCGUUCCGACGCGCAGAGUCCUGCAGCUGUCCCGAAGGAAAAGAGUCGAACCCGAGGGGGGUUCAAGGCAAACAGAGGCCUGGAAGGACGCAAGCAAUGUGUAUAUUGCAGGCGUCCUGUUGCUGACAACGCUCAAGGACGUAGUCAGCACGAAGCUUCCAUGUACUGUCUGACGAGGAAGAACUACUACUAUGUGGGCGGCAUGACGUGGAACGAGGCAGAGCGUCGGGCAAAAGAAAAAAUGGUUGAAUGGAACGAAUGUUGGAGCAACAGAGGGGCUUCAAGUGCGCCCAAUAGGAAACUUCCUCCCCCCGAGCCAGAAGGCCCUCCAAAGGCACAGGCGCAAGCUGAGCCAGCUGCGCCUGCGCCCCGCAGAAGAAUCCUAUACCACCCCCCGGAGGAAAGUUAUAUCCGGCGUAGUCGCGACCGCCGCAGUCGGACCCGGUGCAGAGAUGACCGGGAACAUCACGAACGGCGUCGUCGCCGUUCGCGCAGGACCGCCAGCAGUCACCGUGCGGAUGACCAGUCGCUACUUUUGAUCCCGGGUCCACGCGGCACUCGCAGCCGGUCUCGCCGCCGCUCACGCGAGGACCGUGCUUCGCGAGAGAGAGGACGUGGGAAGUCUCGAGUCCGCGAUCAGCGCGCUGCGCGGUCGCGGAGCGGAGCAAAGGGGAGGAGCCGAUCUGAAAAAGAUACGAAGGGUUCGACCAAAAAAGACGCACCACCCAAGAGAAAAGAAGAAAGUUCCACCAAGACAAAAGAAGAUCCCGCUCGGAAGGGGGUCGGCGAGAAGGCAGGGAAGAAAAAGAAGCAGGAAGAUGCAGUGGAGAAAAAGUCUACGCCGGCUGUGAAAGAAGAAAGUUCGUCCAGCUCCAGCUCGAAGUCGAACUCGUCGAGCGCCAGCUCGGAUGACAAGGACGAGGAGAAGCCUGCGGUCGCCCCCACGGCCGCGGCUGUGCCAAAGACUGCUGCCAGUAAGGGUGCGGCAAAAUCGUCCGCAAAGCCAACGCCUGCAGCCGCAUCAGUCGCGUCGUCGAGCUCAAGCGGCAUCGACGAAUCGCGCGCGCAGCUUGCAGAGCGGCUACUGAAGACUGCCAUGGAAGUGGCCCUCAAGAAACCUUGCAAUUCCGUGAUCUUUUUGCAGCAUUUUGUCCUCCAAAGUUCUGCUGAUCCCAUGGCAGAUAUGGCUGACGCUGAGCAGACGCCAGCAGCCACGCAGCCUGAAGCUGCAGGCGAUGCAGUCUCUGAAGAUGCUGCAGCGUCAAAGCAGGAGGCUGCGCAGGCAGCGCACCUGCCAAGGCGCCUGGCAAGGGGAAAGGGCGCGGCAAAGGUGGAAAGGCAUCCCGUCUUGGAGAUGGCUUUUGAGAGCCUGAAAAAGAACGCAACCCAAAAAGAUCUUCAUGACCUGGGUAACGGCUCCGUGGAACUGCUGCGUGAAGUGUUAACGCAGGUCGUGAUUGGAGAGAAGUAUCCGGAGCUGAAGCAAACAGCAGAAGCCUUAGGGCUGCUGCUGCUCCUUCUAAGAGGACUCCUGCUUGAGUGGGAGUGCGAAGACUUUCCCGAAGCAAUUUUUGAAUUGCCAUUGCAGCGUUUGCCAAAAACGUAUCCCAACAAAGCAUGGAAAUUGGCACACCCAUCUCCGCGGAUUCUAGCGGAAGAGACGAAAGCGAGUCUUCGCUUCCUGGAAAGCCACGCAACUUUCGAAGUUGGUGUAAAGAACAUGCUUCCGAUGCCCCCGUUGAAGCGCCGGCGGCUGGAAAGCGUCAUGGCGCGGUAUAGUGAAACCAGUAUUGCGCAAAUGCAAAACUGUGAAAGGGAUCAGAAAAUUGACAGGCAAAGAACAGGAGCGCAGAAGCGCGCAUUCGCGCUCGCGCUGGCGCCAGCCCGACACUGCUUCAGAGCGCUCGAUGCGCCAGACAAAGACGAUGGGGGAAAGGCUGUGACUUUCACAGUGGCAAAAAUCCCAGAGCUCCUCCAGUACAUCGCAAGGAAGUGCCCUGAUGUCCGAGCCGAUUUGGAAAGGGCGUCUUCGCCUAUCCAAGUUGUUCUCAGCUGGGAUGAGACCACAGCUGGCAAUGUGCUGGCCACCGCAGCACGCAUGAAGGCCACAAUAUUCUAUAUCACCUUCAAGCAUUGGCAACGCGUGCAUGAGUCACAGCAUGCAUGGAUCCCAGUAGGUGCAAUUAGCCACGAGCAAGCUGAGCAGAUACCUGGCGGUAUGAGCAUGGUCCAUAAGUUGUUUCUAGAAAACUGGUUGGAACAACGCUUGGACCAAGGUAUGUGGCUAUCGCCCAGCACGAAAAUCUAUCUGCAACUGACUCUUUUCGUUGCAGACGCAGACGCGCAAAGAGCCGCGCUGGCUGGAAAGGGAAGCGCAGGUCUGAAAUGCUGCGCGUUUUGCCGAAACUGCUUAGCAAAAAACUCAACUGGAGCAGCUGUGGACACAACAAAUUUUCGCACCAUAGCGGAAGCGAACGUAAACUGGUUCACUCCCAACACACAAGAGCAGCUCCAAAAUUAUAUCCGGAAAGCAUUGAUCCGCUGGCCAGAAAUGACAAAGAAGGAUAAGGACAUCAUAGAACGAUGCCUCGGGUUCAACGUCAGUCCCAACACUGUGUGGACAUCCGACAUGUGCUGCACAGCGCUACCUUUGUCGCGCUACAUGAAUGAUUCGAUGCACUGCUACUUCGCCAAUGGCAUUGCAGCCGUGGAAAUAAACUUGCUAGUGCAAGAAGUGACGCGCAGCACGGGCAAAACCAUUGGUGACAUCAAGCAAGCAGUGCUCCAAGCUGGCUGGAAAAGACCGGGGCAGUUAUUGCGGGAGGGUCAAACAAAGUGCUGGACUGGUCGUUUGUUUAUUGCGACGUUUUUUCUUGGUCAGAUAUACAAGGGGAGCGCCAAGCAAACCCGUGCAUUGCUGCCUCUCCUUUUGUGGUUGGCAGAAAGUGUCUGGAGCAAGAUUGAAUCACUGCGGCCUAUGGUGGACUCCUUCAUGAAGCUGUGCCAAUGUGUGACAUGCUUGCGGAAAAUUGCGAGCAGUAACGACUGGGACGAACUCGAAAGAGUGCAAGAAGCCCACCAGCUGGCGUUCAGUCGCACCUAUCCGGAAGAAAUUCGGCCCAAACACCAUCAUCGGUUGCAUUUGCCCCAACAAUACCGUGCCGCCGACUUUGUUGCCACAUGCUGGGGCACAGAGUCAAAGCAUCGCUGCUACAAAAGCAUAUAUGCCCGGAACCUUCAACAGUUCCUGACGGAGAGAAAUGGAGGAGUAGAGUUUUCUGAACGGCUGCUCCCACGACUUCUCCUCCGCAGUGCAGAACUCUGUCAGAACAUGACCCUGCAACCAAGAACAUUCCAACUGGAGAAGCUGUUCGAUGAAGCUGAAGUCAAUAGAUUGGCGGCUGGUCUGGAAGGCUGUCGCGUCGGAGCCCGUUGUCGAGUGGCGUUGCUGCAGCUGCAAGAAGGGGAUCUCUUGCUGCACGGCAAAAAAAACACUGAG